AUAGGAGCAGAGUGAGAACUUGUCUUAUUUUCUUCUAUCUAAUCGACUUCUCUGAAAACCCGGUACACGGUGGAAGGAAACACAACCUAGAGUUUUGUCGUCAUUUUAAAUGUUUAGCUGCUGUUACAGAGCUGUACAACAACAGUUACGGUGUAAUUUAUAUCAGCUUUAACUUACACUUAUAACCCAGGAUGACUUUUAUGGUUGUCUUCCAUUCACUGGUGGAACAACUAAGUGGAAGCUAACACAGAUUAAAGUUAAGUGAAACAAUUACAAUCCGUGUUGUAGCGUUAGCCUGAAAUCUUCGCCAGUUCCUGCAUUGACAUGACUGCUAAUCCUCCAGGACAAGCCUUCCCAAGCAAGGCACGGGUGGCAAUCCUUGCUGAGCUGGAUAAGGAGAAGAGGCGGUUAUUGCAGAAUCAGUCCAUGAACACUCCUGGUGCCAGCAUCUCGCUAUCCAGGCCAAGUUUGAAGGAGUUCAAGGACAGUGCAGAGCAACAGCACAUCGCUGCUCAGCAGAAAGCCGCCCUGCAGCAUGCACACGCACACUCAUCAGGCUUCUUCAUCACUCAGGACUCCUCAUUUGGGAACCUCAUCCUCCCCGUCCUUCCACGCCUGGAGCCUGAGUCAUGACCGUUUAUCCAUGAUCUCUCUUCAUGCUGCCUGAGACAAAGCUUUAAAACAACAUAUGUACACAUCAGGCUUUCCCAGUUUCCUCAUGUAAGCGUGUGAUUGGUUGGUUGUGUUGUAAACAGUCUCAGGAAAAUGUGAAUCCAUCAUUUAUACAUUUCCCAGACUGACAGGCUGGCUGCUGAUUUUAGGAAAGCUUUCCACACAGUUGGAAAAGAGAUUGCAGACAUCCUGUUAAGUAACUCUGAGCUCAUAAAACUAGAGGAACACUGUACAUGUUAUCCUGCUCUGCUGUCUAUCGUGGUACUAAUAACACAGCCUUCCAUAAAACACACAUCAUGACAGUUUGUUUUUUUUAAAGGUGUAAUGGAUUUCUAUUGAUAUUCAAAGAAUAAAAUAGCUUGUAUGUAUUGGAA